UAGUUCUCGGGAAGUCGGACGGAUCGGUCGCAAAGUUUGCAAGUCUCGGAGGCUUCUUCUAUAAGGACAGUCCAAAGGUGGUGUUUCAAUAGGAUAUUGGUGAAGUUUCCCACUUUGAAGAUUAGCGAAGAGGUUUCCACUGUGAAAUUCACUUCCCAAGGAUUCAACUGCCGUGCGGAUAGCUUUACCGGGAGGAUACACUCCGAGGUGCCCUCAAAUAUAGUUCGAAAGCACAGAGAAAAAAAAAAGCGCACCACCGAAUUGCACCAAAUAUGGACAGCCGGGAGUUUCGCCGUCGCGGCACGGAAAUGGUCGAGUACAUCUGCAACUAUCUGGAAACGCUGGAACAGCGCCGGGUUACGCCCAGCGUUGAACCGGGCUAUCUGCGGCACCUGCUGCCGGGUGAAGCCCCGGAGGAUCCGGAACCGUGGGAAAAGAUCAUGGAGGAUGUGGAGAGCAAAAUCAUGCCCGGAGUGACACACUGGCAGCAUCCGCGGUUUCAUGCGUACUUUCCGUCGGGCAACUCGUUUCCGUCCAUCCUCGGCGACAUGCUGAGCGACGGAAUCGGAUGCAUCGGGUUCUCGUGGGCUGCCAGUCCGGCGUGCACCGAGCUGGAGACGAUCGUGCUGGAUUGGUUGGGCAAAGCAAUCGGUCUGCCGGAUCACUUCCUAGCGCUGAAACCGGGCAGCAAGGGCGGUGGUGUUAUUCAGACAUCUGCCUCGGAAUGUGUUCUGGUAACGAUGUUGGCCGCCCGAGCGCAAGCCAUCAAGUGUCUCAAGCAGCAGCACCCCUUCGUCGAGGAAGGCCAUCUGCUGUCCAAGUUGAUGGCCUACUGCUCGAAGGAGGCACAUAGCUGCGUCGAGAAGGCUGCUAUGAUUUGCUUUGUGAAAUUAAGGAUUCUGGAACCGGACGAAAAGUGUUCCCUACGGGCUGAUACUUUGGUCAAGGCCAUGGAGGAAGACGAACAACAAGGGCUGAUUCCGUUCUACGUGUCGACUACGCUGGGUACGACGGGUUCCUGUGCUUUCGACGACAUCAACGAGAUCGGAGAAGCUCUGCAGCGCUUCCCGAGCGUUUGGCUGCAUGUGGAUGCAGCCUACGCUGGGAAUGCGUUCAUUUGCCCGGAACUGAAAUAUCUACUGAAGGGAAUCGACUAUGCCGACUCGUUCAACACCAAUCCGAACAAGUGGCUGUUGGUGAAUUUCGACUGUUCAACGCUGUGGGUUCGCGAUAGGAUUCGGUUGACGUCGGCUCUGGUGGUCGACCCUCUUUAUCUGAAGCAUGGCUACUCGGAUUCGGCGAUCGAUUACCGUCACUGGGGUGUACCGUUGAGUCGUCGCUUUCGAUCGCUGAAGUUGUGGUUCGUUCUGCGAAGCUAUGGCAUCACCGGACUGCAGAACUAUAUUCGCCACCAUAUUGAGCUGGCUAAGCGGUUCGAAAGGCUAGUGCAGAAGGACGAUCGCUUCGAGGUGUGCAACGAAGUCAAGGUUGGGUUGGUGUGCUUCCGACUGAAGGGCUCCGAUCGGAUCAACGAGAAGCUACUGAGCUGCAUCAAUGCCUCCGGGAAGAUUCACAUGGUUCCGGCGUCGGUGAACGAGCGAUACGUCAUUCGAUUCUGCGCCACAGCUCAGAACGCCAUCGUGGAGGAUAUCGAUUACGCCUGGGACGUCAUAACCGAUUUUGCAGCGGAGAUCCUUGAAAAGGAACAAGCCGACGAGGUAACGGAGAUCGUCGAUCGCCGCAAGACGCACACCUUGGCCCAGAAGCGAUCGUUCUUCGUCCGCAUGGUCAGCGAUCCGAAGAUCUACAAUCCAGCUAUCAACAAGGCGCAAACGCCCCGGAUUUCUUCGGAGGUGGCGUCCCCGUCCACUGACGGAACGGUCGUCACCGUGCAGUCCCCAAAGACUCCCGGUUCGGCUUCCUGGAUCAGUUGGCCAUUGGCAUUCCUGUUUGCCAAUUCCGAAGACGGACCCAAGAAUGAUAUGCCGCUGAGAUUCCGUCAUCUGGACACCAUGGUUCGGUUGACUGCAUCCCGUCGUAACUCGGCCACCGGUGGUGGAUCAUCUCCAUCACCUGAGGGUGAAAAUGGGAUCACCCUGGCAAAGUCUCCGAAACGAUCACCGAUCAUGGUGCGAAGACGUGGCACAUCGCCCAGUCCUCAGCCCAAUGCCGCCAAGUAAUUCUCGCGCCCCAAAGAGGGACCAGAGCUAACUCAACCGUAGUCAAAUGUGAAUGAUCUCCCGCCCUUCCCCGACGCUGCUAUGGAAUCCCAACCCAAUUAUUAGUCCGAUCAGAAUCUAAUUAUAAACUGCAAAAAUAGAAAUUGAGGAACUCGAGGAGGCACUAUUAUUAAGGGGCGUGAUGGCGUCCUAAAUUUAGCACAUUGUUGGAAGUAUAUUACAAUAUUUAUGCCUAACAACACCUUCAGUCUCUCUACCCGUUCGCUGAAAAUGUACACAAACACACAAAACAGUAAAUAAACAAAUGUCGUAGAUUGAAAUCGUUUAGCAUCUUUAGAAGAGCUGCAAAAAGGGAAAUGGACUCUUUUCAUGUACUUCACAUCCAUGUCCAACCAACUGUUUAUAUAAUUCGUCGGAAUAAUCGAGUGCCGAAUGCUAUGCGAGGAAUGUUUCUCUUUCGAUAGCUUGA